AUGUCGCCGCACAAGGUUGAGGCCGACGUCAAUGGCCUCAAGAUCAGAAUUGCAAUCGACAGAGGAGGCACGUUUACAGAUUGUCUGGGCAUGGUCGAAGGAAGAAAAGAUGACAUCGUGGUCAAACUUCUCUCACAAGAUCCCAACAACUAUGCCGAUGCUCCGAUUGAAGGCAUUCGACGCAUUCUCGAGCAAGCAACGGGCAAGAGCAUUCCUCGGAAUCAGCCUCUCAACACCUCAGAGUUUGCAGACUUCAGCGUGAGAAUGGGCACGACCGUUGCCACAAACGCAUUGUUGGAGCGUAAGGGCGAACGUGUCGCUUUGUUAAUCACUAAGGGUUUCAAAGAUGCAUUGAUUAUUGGCAACCAAUCUCGCCCGAAAUUGUUUGCUCUGAACAUCGAAAGACCGGGAGUCCUGUUUGAGGAUGUCGUUGAAGUCGAUGAAAGAGUCACGAAUGAAGACUAUCAGCAGAACCCGACUUUCGAGCCAGAGGCGUUACUGAAAUCUCUCGAAACAGACCCGAACCUGGUAAAGGGGGUUAGCGGAGAUGUCAUCCGGAUUUUGACCAAGUUAGACGAGGAAAAGGCCAGAAAGGACCUCCAGAUGCUGUUCGAUAAAGGCUAUCGAUCCAUUGCCGUCUGCUUAACUCACUCGUACACCUUCCAAGACCACGAGAUUGCGAUAGAGAAGAUCGCCAGAGAGGUCGGCUUCACUCAAAUCUCACUCUCCAGCCAACUCCUUCCCAUGAUCAAGAUGACCGCGAGAGGAACAUCAGCUACAGUGGAUGCGUACCUAACACCAGUCAUCAAACAAUAUGUAGAAGGCUUCCGUGCCGGCUUCAAGGAUGGGUUGAGGUCCAAUGAAAACCGUUGCGAGUUUAUGCAAAGCGAUGGCGGUCUGGUUAACUUCGAAAAAUUCUCUGGGCUACGAGCAAUUCUUUCCGGUCCAGCUGGCGGAGUUGUUGGCCAUGCCAGAACUUCAUAUGAUCCCGAAGACAAAACUCCAGUCAUUGGAUUCGACAUGGGAGGUACGAGUACGGACGUCUCCAGGUAUGACGGCACAUUCGAACACACCUUUGAAAAUACGACAGCUGGAGUUACGGUCAUGGCCCCUCAACUCGACAUCAACACCGUGGCAGCAGGGGGUGGCAGCAUCCUUUACUGGCGUCAUGGCUUAUUCGUUGUCGGUCCAGACAGUGCUGGUGCCCAUCCUGGGCCAGCAUGUUAUCGAAAAGGCGGUCCUCUGACAGUCACCGACGCCAAUUUGUUCUUGGGCAGACUUCUGCCAGAGUACUUCCCCAAGAUCUUCGGACCGGGCGAGAAUGAGCCUUUAGAUGUUGAUAUCACUGGUCAAAAGUUCAUGGCUCUGGCAGAGCAAAUCAAUCGAGAGACCGGACAAAACAAGACUGCAGAGGAAAUCGCCCUAGGGUUCCUCGACGUGGCCAACGAGUCAAUGGCCAAACCAAUUCGUGCUCUGACUCAAGCCCGUGGAUUCGACACCUCGGCUCACAACCUGGCUUGUUUUGGCGGGGCAGGUGGUCAACAUGCUUGUGCCAUCGCAUCGUCCUUAUCUAUACAAACUGUGAUCAUCCACCGGUAUUCAUCCAUCUUGUCGGCUUAUGGGAUGGCUCUUGCCGAUGUAGUUCACGAGGCUCAAGAACCAGCAUCGGGAAUUUUGGAAGAUGCCGCGAUGCCGGAAAUCGAAAAGCGUAUCGCCCUGCUCAAGGAGAAGGUAAAUCGCGAACUGACAGAUGACGGGAUUCGGCCAGAUCAGAUUCAACAUGAGGUAUAUUUGAAUCUGCGUUAUCAGGGUACCGAUAAUUACCUGAUGAUUCUCGACCCCGGUGAAGGGAAUUUCAAGGACGCGUUCAUUAAAGACCAUCAAAGAGAAUUCACCUUCACGUUUGCCAACAAAAACAUUCUCGUCGAAGACAUUAGAGUUCGAGGUGUGGGCAAAUCGACAGCCAAAGCGGCAGAAACGCCACAUGCAGAACUCAAGAGCUUGAAAACGUUCAAUGUCGGUGCUGAGAAGCAAGAUGACUCCUGUACAGUGUAUUUCCACCACACGGGUAAAGUCGACACUCCCGUAUUCUUCCUGGGCCGCCUCGAGCCCGGCAGUCUUAUCCGAGGCCCGGCCAUGAUCAUCGACCAAACACAGACGGUUGUCGUCGAACCGGAGGCGACAGCAACUAUACUAUCGCGGCACAUAAUUCUUAACAUCUCGUCUUCCAACAAGGUCAACAAGAGUGACACACAACAAUCCGAAAUGGUUGUGGACCCCAUUCGAUUGUCCAUCUUCGGCCACCGCUUCAUGUCGGUUGCGGAACAGAUGGGACGUAUGUUUCAGAAAACGUCGGUCUCCACGAACAUCAAAGAGCGUCUAGACUUCUCUUGUGCUUUAUUCUCGCCGGAUGGGAAACUGGUUGCCAAUGCACCACACGUUCCCGUCCAUCUGGGUUCGAUGGAAUACGCCGUUCGCCACCAGCACGCCCAAUGGCGGAACAACCUCGCACCCGGCGAUCACAUAUUAACCAACCAUCCAUUGGCAGGAGGGACUCAUCUCCCAGAUAUCACCAUUGUCACCCCCGUCUGGAACGAGGCCGGUAACCAGAUCAUCUUCUAUGUGGCUUCCCGAGGUCACCAUGCCGAGAUUGGCGGGACGAGGCCAGGAUCGAUGCCCUCAGACAGUCGUAUGCUUUACGAAGAGGGCGCCAUGACCAUGGGGUUCAAAGUCGUCUCGCAGGGUGUCUUCGACGAGAGAGCCGUCCGCAAAUUUCUGUGCGAUGACCCUGCAACGUACCCGGGUUGCAGUGGCACACGAACGUACAAUGACAACGUAUCUGACUUGAAGGCCGCUAUUGCGGCGAACCAAAAGGGCGCACAGCUCAUUCGUGUGCUCAUCGGAGAGUACACUCUGCCAUCCGUACACUUCUAUAUGGACGCCAUCAAAUCCAAUGCCGAAGUUGCCGUGCGUUCGUUCCUGAAGGCCACCGGUCUCAAGCGACGAGGACAACCUCUUCGCUUCUCUGACUUCAUGGACGAUGGGACCGAGAUUAGACUCGAGAUCCGUAUUGAUCCAGAGACGGGUAAUUCAGAAUUUGACUUCACAGGCACAGGGAAAGAGACGUUCAAUUGUCUCAACGCCCCGAAGGCCAUCGCCCACUCGGCCAUUAUAUACUGUCUGCGGGCUCUGAUUGAUGUCGAUAUCCCGCUCAAUCAAGGCUGCUUGGAACCCAUCACGGUGAUCAUUCCUGAAGGCACGCUGUUGAAUCCCUCGGGCUAUGCAGCCGUCUGUGCAGGCAAUCCGACAACAUCGCAGCGCAUUACCGACGUAGUGCUCGGCGCUUUUGGUGCGUGUGCAGCUUCUCAGGGGGAUUGUAACAUCAUUUCCUUUGGGGUGGGCGGGCUGGACUCUUCGGGCAAGACGAUUCCCGGUUUCGGUGUUGGUGAGACCAUUUGCGGAGGCUCAGGCGCGGGACCAACGUGGCAUGGAACCAGCGGUGUUCAUGUACACAUGACGAACACGCGCAUCACCGAUCCUGAGGUGUAUGAACUUCGCUAUCCCAUCAUCUUGCGUCAAUUCUCGAUCCGGAAAGGAAGUGGAGGGCGAGGCAAAUUCCGGGGCGGCGAUGGGGUGAUUCGCGAGAUUGAGUUCCGCAUGCCACUGAGCGUGUCCAUGUUAAGCGAGAGACGUGUGGGUCGGCCAUAUGGGAUGAAUGGCGGAGAAGCAGGACAAGCAGGGCUGAAUCUGUACAUCAAGAAAGAGAUAGACGGGGAAGAGCGCGUAAUUAAUAUUGGUGGCAAGAUGGAGCUGAGCGUCAAGGAUGGCGAGCGUGUCGUGAUUCAUACUCCUGGCGGUGGUGGAUGGGGUGUGCCUGAGGAGCUUGGAAUGAAUGGCAAGACAGUGCCGAUGAUAAACACGGGGUUCCAGCCACGAGGCAGUGUGUACUCCUGGACAGCUGCAGCCGAGGCUGCACAGUGA